CUCCUGGGGACCUCGGCCACAGCAGCUCAUUCAAGGCCAGGCCAGGCUCAGGGCUGCUUCCUGGCAUGUUGUGAGGGAGGGCUUGCCUCAUUACACCAUUUUUUUAGGCCGCAGCUCCGUGUCAGGGGACUACAACUCCCAGCAUGCUCCGCGCGGCGACGCUGCACGGACAGGCCCAGCAUUUGCUUUUCGGCCGGCCCCGCCUCUGCCCGCCAAAGUCUGCGCGCGAAAUCUGUGGAGCGAAUCUAGGACUGCCGGGUGCGCAGCGCUGAGCAAGGGUGGCGUCCCGGGCAGCAACGCGCCAGGAGCAGGUGACGAGAGAAAUAGACCCAGAAGGGAGAACUGUAACGCCACCAUGCAGCGGAGCAUCAUGUCAUUUUUCUACCCCACGAAAGAGGGUAAAGCAAAGAAGCCUGAGAAGGAGACAAACAGCAGUAGAGAGACAGAGCCCCCUCCAGAGGUGGCCCUGAAGAAGCGGAAAAGAGUGGUGCCUGAGAGUGAGUCUCCAGUGAAGAGGCCGAAGAGGAAGGUUGUCCAGGUCCUGAGCAGUGAAGGGGAGGAGGAAGAUGAAGCUCUCAGCCCCACCAAAGACCAGAAGCCUGGGCCAGGGUCCCCACAGGGGUCCCCUUCCAGUCCUGCCGCGAGUCCCAAGAACAGCCCUUCCCUCUCGGACUCCUCCCCCAUGGAUGUCUCCCCGUCGGGAAUCCCGAAGCGUCUCACAGCUCGGAAGCAGCUCCCGAAACGAGUAAUUCAGGACAUCCUGGAAGAUGAGAGUGAGGACAAGGACAGAGAAGCCAAGAAGAGGAGGAAGGAGGAGAACGAAGCAGAGACGCCAGGAGGAAGCCCCACAGAGACUGGAGCGGCAGCAGAGGACAGGGACCCGCCCUCGACACCCCCUGCGCCCCCGCAGCCCCCCGAAGCAGAGACCCCAACAAAGACAGAAAGUGUUUCCGCACCCAAGGGUACGGGGAAGCAGGAGCCACAGGAAAAGGACCAGAGCAAGCCUGGCCCCAGAGGCUCCAGGACCCUCAGCAGUUUCUUCAUGCCCCGGAAGCCGGCAGUGAAAACGGAAGUGAUAGAAGAGCAGUCAGGUCCUCCAGGAAGGGAGGAGGCCAAGGGACCCCUGGACCCAGUAAGCUACAAUCCUGCCAAGAAUAACUACCACCCCAUCGAGGAUGCCUGCUGGAGACAGGGCCAGAAGGUCCCUUACCUGGCUGUGGCCCGGACGUUUGAGAAGAUUGAAGAGGUUUCUGCUCGGCUCCGGAUGGUGGAGACGCUGAGCAACUUGCUGCGCUCUGUGGUGGCCCUGUCCCCUUCAGACCUGCUUCCUGUCCUCUACCUCACCCUUAACCGCCUUGGGCCUCCCCAGCAGGGCCUGGAGCUUGGCGUCGGCGAUGGUGUCCUUCUCAGGGCCGUGGCCCAGGCCACAGGCCGGCAGCUGGAAUCUGUGCGGGCGGAGGCCGUUGAGAAGGGCGACGUGGGGCUGGUGGCCGAGAACAGCCGCAGCACCCAAAGACUCAUGCUGCCACCGCCGCCUCUUUCCACUUCUGGGGUCUUCUCCAGGUUCCAGGACAUCGCCCGGCUCACCGGCAGCGCUUCCAUGACCAAGAAGAUGGACAUCAUUAAAGGCCUCUUUGUUGCCUGCCGCCACUCAGAAGCCCGGUUCAUCGCCAGGGCCCUGAGUGGACGGCUGCGCCUCGGGUUGGCCGAGCAGUCAGUGCUGGCUUCCCUUUCCCAGGCAGUGAGCCUCACACCCCCAGGCCAAGAAUUCCCUCCAGCCGUGGUGGAUGCUGGGAAGGGCAAGACCGCAGAGGCCAGAAAGACGUGGCUGGAGGAACAAGGCAUGAUCUUGAAGCAGACGUUCUGUGAGGUGCCUGACCUGGACCGAAUCGUCCCCGUGCUGCUGGAGCAUGGCCUGGAACGUCUCCCGGAGCACUGCAGGCUGAGCCCAGGGGUCCCUCUGAAGCCCAUGUUGGCCCACCCCACUCGGGGUGUCAGUGAGGUCCUGAAACAUUUUGAGGAGGCAGCCUUCACCUGCGAGUACAAAUACGAUGGGCAGAGGGCACAGAUCCAUGUUCUGGAAGGCGGGGAGGUGAAGAUCUUCAGCAGGAGCCAGGAAGACAACACUGGAAAGUACCCCGACAUCAUCAGCCGCAUCCCCAAGAUUAAACUCCCCUCGGUCACAUCCUUUAUCCUGGACGCAGAAGCUGUGGCUUGGGACCGGGAAAAGAAGCAGAUCCAACCCUUCCAAGUGCUCACCACUCGCAAGCGGAAGGAGGUGGACGCAGCAGAGAUCCAGGUGCAGGUGUGUCUGUACGCUUUCGACCUCAUCUUCCUCAAUGGAGAGUCCCUGGUCCGUCAGCCCCUGUCACGGCGCCGGCAGCUGCUCCGGGAGAACUUUGUAGAGACAGAGGGCGAGUUUGUCUUCGCCACCUCCCUGGACACCAAGGAUAUGGAGCAGAUCGCUGAGUUCUUGGAACAAUCGGUGAAAGACUCCUGCGAGGGGCUGAUGGUGAAGACCUUGGAUGUCAAUGCCACCUACGAGAUCGCCAAGAGGUCGCACAACUGGCUCAAGCUGAAGAAGGACUACCUCGAUGGUGUGGGUGACACCCUGGACCUCGUGGUGAUCGGCGCCUACCUGGGCCGGGGAAAGCGGGCCGGCCGCUAUGGGGGCUUCCUGCUGGCUGCCUAUGACGAGGAGAGCGAGGAGCUGCAGGCCAUAUGCAAGCUUGGAACGGGCUUCAGCGACGAGCAGCUGGAAGAGCAUCACCAGAGCCUCCAGGCCCUGGUGCUGCCCACCCCGCGUCCCUACGUGCGGGCAGACGGUGCUGUGGCGCCCGACCACUGGCUGGACCCCAGGGCCGUGUGGGAGGUGAAGUGUGCUGACCUCUCGCUCUCCCCCAUCUACCCAGCCGCCCGCGGCCUGGUGGACAGUGAGAAGGGGAUCUCCCUUCGCUUCCCUCGGUUUAUUCAAGUGCGUGAAGACAAGAAGCCAGAGGAGGCCACUACCAGUGCCCAGGUGGCCUGUCUGUACCGCAAGCAAAGUCAAAUUCAGAACCAAGGCAUUGACUCAGACUCUGACAGUGAAGAUUUCUACUAAGCCCUUGUGCUCCAGGGCCGGGGUCAGAGGCACAGGGUACCCAGGAACGCGGAAGAUCGGUGUCCAGUCUGAUGUGUGUGCCACAGGUGGUCUACACUGGGUCUGGAAUUCAUUUGGUCCCUGCUUCCAAUAAAUCAUUAUUAGACAUUGAUAAGUAUUAUUAGCUCCGGGGGCAGAGCUCUGGAAGCCCACGCUGGUGUAGAGUGUGUCGCUGUCAUGCAGCAGCACCCUCCACGGUGACGGAGGUGCUCUGCGCCUGCCCCGCACAGUGCACCAGCUGCCAGCCGCCUGCAGGGACAGCGUGGGAUGUGAGGCCAGUGCAGCUGAGGCCUCUGAUGUUUCAUUUCCUUUAAAUGGCUAUAUAUGAUGUCUCAGUCACUUUCUGGUCUCCGGGACAAAUAGUCCACCACCCACAACUCGGAAGAGUCAUUUCUUGGUGACACUUUUCGUCCACAGUUGGCCAGCUCCAAGGCUGGAAGGCGUGGUGGGAGCAUCUGGGCGAGGAGAGCUGCCCACGCAUGGCAGCCAGGGCGCAGAGAAUCACGGGAAGAGCUGGGAGGGCACAUCCACCCUUCUGGGGCACAGUGAGUACAGCAAGUACUGUGUGGCUUCCAGAUCUACCACCCACAGUCUGGGAGCAAGCGUCACCUCUGAGCUGUCAGCAGUGUUGCAAAUGCCACACCUAGAAGGCAGGCAGUGGCUGUCCCUGUUAAUUGUUUAACACCUACUCUCCAGCCUAAUGCCUGGCACAGGAAGGUGCUUAGUAAGUUACAGCUGAAGCUCGGGUCCCACUGGCACAUCAGGAGAGGCCAGGGCAUUGCUGCUGGUCACCCACCAUGCCUUCACUCCCAUCCCACCACCACCACCGGGCCCUGUCCUCCCUGGAGGUACAGAUGAGCUCAGCCAGGCUGGGUAGCCCCAUGCAGCUAGGCAUGGCUUGGGUGAGGUGGCAUAUGGUAGAAUUUAUGGCCAGUGCAGUGGGAAAUCUAGAAUUAGGAGGAAUCUUCUCAAAAGUCUGUUUUGCCGAGAUUGUCACAGAAAGAACUGGCUGCUUCCUGGGGACCUGAAGCAGCACUCGGGCCCCUAUCUGGAGGAGGGCAGACAAGGGUUCAGGUGGCCAAGGGAAGCAGAGCCCAGUCUGCAUCCCGGAGCUGCCCUGCCACCAGCCUUAGGGGGAUGUGGUGAAGCUCCUUUAUUGUGAAGUAGCUCUCGUUUAGAUUUCCUGUUAGCCCAGUUGACGGUAUCCUGCCUGGGGCUGAUUAAGGCAGUGCGUAGGAAGGCCACAGAGCAGCUGUCAUCGUGGUCCUCACCUGACAGGGCUCACUGGAGUGGGCUGUGAAAUCUGAGCCUGACCCCUAAGUCACGCUGCCUUCCUGCGUUACUAACCUGGGAUCUCCCUCUUGUACUGAUUCUUGCCGUUGAUGGCCCCACUAGGCAGGUACUUCUGUUACUCCCCUUACCAGAGGACACAGGCACGCAGUCAGAGUUAUAUUCUUGGGUCUAUUACCUGGGUAAAGGUGGGCUAGAAUUUGGCUCCAUGUGAGCCAGCAGUCACUGACUGCCGUGGAAAACUUUGUGUGCACCCGUGUGACUGUAGAACCUUCCGCAGCACGCAGGGAUGCCGCAUGGUCAGGUUAGAGUGAGGAGAGCACGCUCCUGGCUGGGGUAUGUGGACACUGAAGAGAACCUGGAGUUGGGGGAGCAGUGAGAUGCUUUCUUGGGUGUGAAUCUUAUUUAUCCUAAAAUUUGUCACAACCCAUCAGGAUGGGAUGAGGAUAGAGCUUGGCCCUGGCAUACUUUGGAGGGCAGCACAAGAGGUUUUGUAAGAGGCAUGGCAGGAAGCAGGAAGCAGCACUCACCACUCAGGCUCCCUUGUAAUAGCUAGGUCCCAGUCAUGUGACCACACAAAACUGUUCACAUGGUGAUGCCUAUUGCAAAGGCUGCUGGGAAAUGUACCUUGCCAGGAACCAUUUCCCAGCAACAACCUCACUAUGAAGAGACCACUGAUUUUUUUUUUUUUUUUUUUUUUUUAUAA